UUCACCGACAGACAAAAAGGUGGUUCUUGCUGGACAAUAAGGAUUGGUGCGGCAAAAGAAAAUGAGCACUGAUACAGCGUUUAUUAUUAUUAUUAUAAUAUUUUUCUUACUUUUGGUAAAUUUGAAUACGACAUGAUUGAUGAAGAAGAAAAAGAGUAAAGCUGUGUUGGGAAGACAUUGCAUAUUUCUCAUCGUGAGUGGUAAGAAGAUAAAGCUUGGAAUGGCGGAGACGGCAGUAGGCAUUGCUAUCGAUCACCUCGUCCGAUUGCUGACCCAAGAAGCAAACUUGUCGAGAGGCGUUCGCUCUAAAGUUUCGGGAAUGAAAAAUGAACUGGAAGCCAUUCAGUGUUUCCUCAAAGACGCAGAUAUGAAGGCAGAUCUGGAAGCCCAAGGAUCAGAAGCAAGUGGUAGAGCUGCAGGUGUUAGAUUAUGGGUGAAGGAACUAAGGGAAGUGGCCUUCCACAUCGAAGAUAUCAUUGACGAAUACGCAUUCCACUUGGAGCGACAUCCCGGCCGUACUGAUCAUGAUUGCUUCAUUGCUUCCCUUGGCAAAGUUGGUCGCUCCAUCAUCAAACUAAAAGCACGCCACCAUAUUGCAUCUGGCAUACAAGAGAUCCGAAAAGCAGUUGUUGAAAUCAAGGAAAGAAGUCAAAGGUAUGGCUUUGAUUCAAUUGAUUCAACAUAUGAUCGUCGAUAUGUUUCAGGGUACGAUCCUCGAAAAGGUUCCAUGUAUCUUGAGGAUGAUGAUGUUGUGGGGAUUGAGUUUCCAAGAGAUGAAUUGGUUGGUUGGUUGUUAAAUAAGGAUUUACAACCUCGACGAGCUGUGAUUUCAGUGGUAGGGAUGGGGGGACUAGGCAAGACAACUCUUGCCAGAAAGGUCUAUGAUUUAGUCAGAAAUCGUUUUGAUUGCCAUGCCUGGAUAACAGUUUCUCAAUCAUACCGGAAGGAGGAGCUACUAAAGAACGUCAUAAAGCAGUUCUGCAAGGGAAACGACCGACCUGCUCCUGAGGGAAUCGAUUCAAUGGAUGAAGACGCACUGACAGAGCAAGUAAGGGUAUAUUUGGAGCAAAAGAGGUACGUUGUUUUUUUCGAUGAUGUUUGGAAAAGAGAUUUUUGGCGGGAUAUAGAACAUGCUUUGCUUGAUAAUAAAAUUGGUGGGAGGAUAGUGAUUACGACGCGAAGCAAGCAGGUUGGGGAAUUUUGCAAACUUUCUUCUGUUGUAUAUGUCCAUGAACUUAAGCCUUUAAAUCCAGAAAAGGCUCGAGAACUCUUUUGCAAGAAGGCUUUUCAAUUUGAAGUCAUGGGACUUUGUACCCCUGAAUUGAAGGAUUUGUCUCAUCAAAUUGUUGAAAGAUGUGGAGGACUACCACUUGCAGUUGUAGCCGUAGGUGGACUUCUAUCCACAAAAGACAAGACAAUCUAUGAGUGGAAGAAUUUACGCGACAGUCUCAGUUCCGAGUUGGAGAGUAAUCUCCAUCUCACAAGCAUACAAGAAAUCUUAUCCCUCAGUUAUUAUGAUCUGCCUUACCGCCUUAAAUGUUGUUUCUUGUACUUCGGCAUGUACCCAGAGGAUUAUUCUAUUCGGCAAUCUAGGUUAAUUCGACAAUGGAUUUCUGAAGGUUUUGUGAAACCAAGGAAGGAUAAAACACUGGAAGAAGUAGCACAAGAAUACUUGACUGAGCUAAUAGAUAGAAGUCUAGUUCAGAAGUCACACCCUCGUUUUCGGCCCGAAUAUUCUAAACAUUGUCAUGUCCAUGAUCUUCUACAUGAAGUUAUUCGGACAAAAAUGAUGGAGUUGAGUUUCUGUCACGUUUUGUCUGAAAAGGGAUCAACUUUUAGUGGAGGACUAGCUACUCGACGCAUAUCUAUUGUCAAUGGUUCAUGCAAUGUUCUUCACAAUGUUAACCAAAGCUUUCAGGUUCGUAGCAUUUUGAACUUAAAUAGUAGUGAUAAAAUAUUGACCAAGUCUAUUUGGAGAACAUUCACGAAGAAUUGCAAGCUUGUAAAAGUGCUAGAUUUUCAAGAUUGUAUAUUGGAUUAUAUUCACAAGGAUAUUGGAAAUUUAUACCAUUUAAGAUACUUGAAUAUUAGUAACACGAAAGUAAAGAUGCUCCCAAGGUCCAUAGGAAAACUGAUAAAUCUUGAGACCUUGGAUGUAUGUGGCUCAUUUGUAGUUGAGAUACCGGCUGAGAUUAAAAGGCUUAGUAAGCUGCGGUGGCUGUCAGGUUAUAAUGAGAUUGAGUUCAAUUCAGACAACCCACACUUAAAUCCAUGUCAAAGUAAAGGAAUAAAAGUGCAUGAGGGGAUUGGGUGUUUAGAAGCCUUGCAAACGUUAGGACAUGUGGAUGCGAGUGAAACAGGGGUUAAGGUAAUAAAAGAGUUUGGAAAAUUAACACAGUUGAGGGGUUUGGGCAUCUGUAACCUGAGAAGUGAAGAUGGAAGGAUUCUAUUUGGGUGUAUCGAGAAGAAGAUGACCCACCUAAAAAAUCUGUGUGUAACUACAAUGAGUGAAGAUGAUACCUCGUUUGAUUCUGAAUGGCUGUCAUCCUUACCACAAACUCUUGAGACUCUGCAAUUAAAAGCUCCCGUAAGGAAGUUGCCAGAAUCGAUAACCAGGCUUCAAUAUCUAGAACAAUUAAAUAUUAAAUGGUCAAAAUUAGAAGAGGAUCCGGUGAAAACCCUUAAAAAUCUGCAUAACUUGGUGUGCAUGGGGAUAACGUACGAUGCCUAUACUGGUGAGGAGAUGCAGUUUGAGAAGGGAGUGUUUCCAAAAUUGAAGUGUCUUCAUAUCUCGCAUUUGAGUGUAUUGAAAUCAUUAGUCAAUAGAGGAAGGAGCAUUGUCUUGUCUUCAAAAGCUUUUGAUUGGUCCCUGCCCAAAACUACUGAAGGUGCCCAUUGGCAUCCAGCAUUUGAAACAACUUGAUUUUGUUUUGUUUCACAGUAUACCCAUUGAAUUCCAGCAAAGUCUGAAGCCAGGAGGAGACCACCACUAUACUGUUCAACAUGUACCUGGUGUCUUCAUCCGUUACAAGCGCGAUGGUGAUGAUGGACAAAGUUUUGAAACCUCACAAUUGUUUUGACUGCUUUAUCACUGGAAAUGCCAAAUGUCCAUCCAGUAAUUUUUAAUCUAUAAGAGAAGGGGCAAUGUCUUAAACCGACAACUCUAUGGGUAUUGGCCUGGAGGGCAUUACCGAUUAAGCCACAGCCUCAGUUAACUGUGUUAUACAUACUUACAUGUACGCUACACCUGGGCUUUUCAAAUAAAAUAUAUAAACUGAUUUAUAUGAUUGAAAAUACUAGGAAAUUACAAAUAAAAAAGGUAAAAUUCAUAUAUAUAUAU